GGUGGUGGAAUAGGAAGUUGAUGUUUGGAAAAUGUCAGUAAAGUGAAGAAAUAUCAUGUUUUCCACUCAAAAAAGUUUUAAAACGGGAGUUUACAGAUCGAAUGGGGCUGUUGCAAACUGGAAGUUUAGAAUUUCACUCAAAAAGAUCCAUUCACUUAUCGAAAUACCACGAUUUGAUCAAACACUUGAGCCCAACAUCCUUGAAGAACAAACCGAAAAUGAGGAAGUGCAGUUGAACAUAAGCUGGCAGGAAAAGGUGUUUAGCCAGUACGAGAUUGACUAUUAUGGUGUGAAAAAUAACUGUAUCACGGAUCUGCAGAAGAACUAUCACCAUAUUAUUAAAUCAACGGGACUCUCUGAGCAGAGAAAAAAUGAUAAAAUUUUCACGUACACAACCGCCGAUAACUACUCACCGGAUGAGGAAAUCUUCGAUAUGGCCAAACAGGCAACCAGGCAAAGGAUCGAUCAGGAUGAAAACGCUUUCGAAAGCAUGUACAUUAUGGCUGACCUGGAUUCGGAAGUAUUACUGUUUUCUUUGAGAUGGGACCCAACGGAAAAGUUGCUGCUCAUUUAUCCGGAUUUUAACUGUAUGAAAAUUAAUCCUUACUACAAAGAAAUUCAAGGGGACAGUCGUCAGAUGUAUCACUUUGGCAUAAAAAAUCUUAGUCGAAAAGGGCAAUUCACCGGAUCCAAAGAAACUGUUCAAAUUCAGGACAAUCUGAUCAAUAAACUUAUGCGCUUAACUCUUCGGGAGGAACUGUCCAAGGAUCACUUUUCGUAUCCCAACAAUCAUCAGCUGCACUUUUUAGUUCUUUUGGAGAUCAAAUCUGGGGUAGGAUUUUCCUACGAUCAUACCCACGUUCGGUUUAAGGUUAAUCUACCGAUCGAAGCGAAAAUAACUGACGGAUUCAUCGACGGGUCGACGCACAGCAGCAAGCAAACCAACGGAACCUGGCAGUACGCACAUUGUCACGAAAUUUGCUUUGAAAUUCCGGAAAAUCAUGAUAUUGAUGAAAAUGUCAGAGUAUAUUUUGAAGUUAUUUCAAUUGAUAGUUGGAAACGGGAACGUUUGCUUGGAAACGCUUGUCUUGACAUUAAACUGAUGUCACAAGUUGUAGAAACAACGCUAACAUGCCUCAAAAUCGCCAACAAUAACAACUUUUACGACAAACUGGAGGCAUUUCUUGUUGGUGGCAGGAGAGAAAUCAAUCUGGAGGAAUUCUUUGGCUCGAAGGAAAACAGUCUUCUCAACCGUUACGGAAGCAGCACGGAGCGGUCCGGUGAGCUGGACAUCAAAUGCCAAGUUGUGCAGCAACAUCGGCCACAAAUCAUCCAGCUGGCGGGUGGUCCCAAUGCGAAAAAGCACGGCAAGUUCCGAGCGAACGUUAUAACCAUUGAGGAGCUGCUUUCGUCGUAUCAACGAGCCCGAGAACGGCUGGAAGAUAUUGUCAAUUUAAAGUACUAGCAAUGUGAUACGUAUAAACAAACAAAUAAACAUUAGAUUUCUUCAUGAACAUAG